AUGGCGACUCCCGCAGGAACAGGAACCGCAUUCUCAACCCCCUCCCCCCCACCGCGUCCGCCAGCUCUAUACACACCGGCCACUUAUGGACCGAUCUCAAACCCAGGGGCAUCAAGUUCCGGCACGGAUACAACCGCAUGGGGAGUACGCUUCAAUCAACAUCACGCUCCCCCGUUACCCCCUCGACCUUCAAGUACAAAUGAGCAACCACACGCUUACUUGCAGAAACAACCACACCCGUACAGUCCAGAUAGUGGUGCCUCCUUUGGUACACAGCCUUCCGUGAUUCAUUCCACCCCGCCUCCAUAUACACAAACACCAGCCGUUCCGCCGCCGCCGCCGAAGAUCCCCCAAGGUCAGCAUGCACCAGCAGAGCAAUAUGGCCACCCAGCGCGGCCGCCAUUGCUUGCGCAAGGGGGAGGACCAGCUGCCAUGACAGGGUCUUACGCGUUUCGGCCCCCUCUGGUCAACACAAACACCUCGUUUGCGGGCGCGUCGGCUUUGGGACCAGGAACACCAUCAGAUUGGGAGCACCUUGGUCCGUCUCCUGGGGAUUUUGAUGAUGCAGCCUGGUUCCCACCGCGUAGGACGCCUCCGCCUGAAGAGCUCGCGCCAUUUCCCGAGCCUUCGAGUAUGCCGAAUGGGCCCGCGACCAACGCGUCUGAUGUACACUUCCGCCCAAGGACAGAUACAAAUGGAACAUUCGCGAGCAGUAUUUCAAGCGUGACGCAGUCGGGGCAAAACAGCUCGAACUCUCCUGUUAGUCCAUGUACAUCACAAGGUGUCCCGGCGCCGCCUGCAAUCGUCCGCGUGGAUAGCACCGAGCCUGCCAUGGCUAUGGCAGGUCGGACCAACACCAUUGAUAGUGUGAUGGAUGCAUGGGCUCGGCCAAUAUCGCCUGCCGCGAAAACGACUUCCCCUGUGUAUGCAGACCCGACACAUCGGGCACACAGUGUAGGCCCGGCAAACCGUACUACUUCCCCGGUUGAGCGCACACAGGUGCAUGCCGACCCAUUAUCUGCGGAAAGGCUGCGAUCGCCCACUGAUACCUCUGCUCAAAUGCCGGAAAGACCCCCAAGUGCAGCCUUGUCGAAAAACCCAGAUCCUUUCGAGGAUCUCGACCCUUGGUCGAAAUCAUCAUUGGAACGUUUUGUCGCCAUGCUACGCAAGGAGGCAGUGGCUGAUUUGGAUCAAGAACGCUACCAGAUAUUUACAGCCUUCAUGGCCAAGGAGACGAAGCUGCGGGAGAUCCUUUACAACAUCGAACAUGAACCAGAGGUCACCCAGACGCCUGCACGAAGUCUUGACUCCACUCCUCAACCCAUGUCAAACCGGGGCUCAUCAAAAGUCCCUAUUGAGUCUGGGCUAAUACCGGUGGCAUCGGAAGCAGAGGUCCCCCUUUCGGGGACAGCAACAACGGAGGAUGAAGACACAGAUGAUGUUCGCAGUGAGUACAGCUCAGGCGGUCGGCCCAUUUUUGCUGGGCGGCAGGGCUCGCAAUAUUUACCCAGGCUGUCGAAACUACCUUCAGUUGCAGAACCUGCGACUGGCAUCUCGAGAACUUCUUCGUUUCCCAGCUCCGCGGAUGUGCAAAAGCAAGUCCUAGAGCCUCUGGCUACAAAUCCACCUCGUCCCAUAUACACGCCGUUCCAGUAUACUGAGGGUCCCCAGAGAGGCUCCGAUGAUCUCAAAUUUGAUCGGCCGGCCUACCAAGCCUAUUCAGAUCUACGACAGGCGGCUGUUAAUGGACGAAUCAUGUCAAAUGGACCGGCACCCGCACCGCGAUCAAAUUCCACUGCUGCAGCUAUCUCCCCGAUUACGAAUGAACGUGAUGAGACCUUCCUUGGGCUCAUUCGUCACAAGAGCGUUGCGUACAUCACCCCUGCAGAGCGAAAAGCUACGCCUCUCCCAUUACUGCCAGAAGCCCUUCAGAAGAGCCGACCCCAAAGUCUUGUAGAUGACUUACGUGCUAUCGUUUGGAAACCUUUAGACAAACAGUCUGAAAGUUCUUGGCAUAUCACGACUCGGGAAGAGCUUAGAAGAUUCUCUGACGACUUUUCCUACAUUCAACAAUCCACUGAUCGAUGGGAACAAGCAGCAGCAGCCAGAAGGAAAAAGCUCGACCAAGAACGCAUGUUGCGCCAAGAAGAAUCCGAAGAGCAAAUUGAUGAUCUCUUCAAUGGAAAAUCGAUCGGGUAUGCAGAUAUCAAUACUCUGGAAGAGGAGUUCCGGCAAACCGAGGCUCGUGUUCAACUGGAAGAAGAACGGCGUGAAGUUGAAUCUUUCAUCGACGAAGUAUUUAACCCUUUGGAUGAAGGUCUAAAGAACGAUAUUUUGGAGCUUCGAAAAUCGUACGACUCAGCCCUCAAUCAACUUGACCGUGAUCAAAAGUCCAAGUCGUCAGCGAGCGAGCGGCAGUCCAGCCCUUCUGUGACCAUGAAAAUGGUCAACGAGAUCCACAACAAGCUUGAGAUCCGGUUCCAGAAACGUCUCGAUAUUGCGCUUGAUUGUGAGCGGCGCCGAAAGAAAGCCGAAAGACGCCCGCUCGUCUUCAUGGGUGAUAUGCCCAACCUGCGAAAGCUAGAUGCGGAAUUCGACCAGAUGGAAAGGCGCAACAUUUUGGAGGCCUACAAGGAUCGCGAUGACCGGGCUAACCGACUCAUGGAUUCCUUCGAUGACGCUAUAUUGCACGGAUUAGGCAUGAACCAAAGUCUCCUAGACGAAGUUGCCUCAAAAGCAGUCCAGCUAGAUCCCGCCGCUCUCCGUGCUUCCGGUCUGUCAGACUCUGAAAUUGAACAGAUCCUCAAAUCUGCAGCAACCUUCGCGGCCUCCCUGCUAGCCGACUCGGAGGCGAUCCUGCGCAGCUCGGGGGAAGCAGACAUGGCCCUCAACGACGCGGACUACGGGGUAUCCGUCGCCGAGGCGCGAUAUGCAGCCUCGGAUCCCGAUAUCUUCCAUCGGCUGGCAGAUGAGAAGAAAAAAGAAGACGAGAAAAUGCAGAGUGAGCUAGACUCGAAGUUGCAUAGUAUCCAGAAGGGGCCCAAGAAGAUUGAAACUAUGGUCGAGAAGCUGCUACUUGACCUGAGGAACAGUCCUCCAAGCGAAGCUCGUCGUUCUCCAGUUCCAGCUUCUGCGCCGACAAGCCCUUCUCCCGAUGUAGUUCUUCCCUUCAGCCUCCGUUCUUCAAGCACCGCCCCAAUCCCAGCAAAUGCAACGCCAUUAAGCUCUCAGGAUGGGGACUCCGGGCACAAAGAGAGGAUUCGCAGAGCGCUGGAGGAGGCCAAAAAGCGUAACGCCUCCAGAAAUCAGUGA